CUUGAAAUAAGAUUCCAGUGCAGAGAUUUUAAUGCUCUGACAACCGGGCAUGACAACUCCUGCAACUGUCUCAUAAUAUUCUGUUUCCAUCCAUACAUUAACUUAAUCAGUGCUGUGGGAUCUAUCUGCAAGCAACUUGAGGACAACCUGCAAAAUUAUUUAAAGAGCCCCAUAAGGUUUCACUGAUUAGCAUUAUACCAUGUGGGUCACAAACGUCGUAGCCCUGGUCUUCCUGGCCACUUCCGCCUCAGCUGCCACCUCGGCUUCAGCAGACAAAGUCCUGAGUAACCACGCCACCAUCCUGGCUGACAACAGCGCAAAAUUGGCUUUCAGUCUCUACCAAAACAUGGCUAAGGAGAAAAAUGUAGAAAACAUCCUCAUUUCUCCUGUAGUAGUGGCCUCCUCUCUGGGUCUGGUUGCUCUCGGGGGCAAAGCCUCGACUGCCUCUCAGGUCAAAACCAUUCUGAAUGCGGAUAAAGUUAAAGAUGAGCAGCUUCACUCCGGUCUGGCUGAGCUCCUGACUGAGGUGAGCGACCCAAAGACCCGCAAUGUCACCUGGAAGAUUAGCAACCGCCUGUAUGGACCCAGCUCCAUCACCUUUGUGGAUGAUUUUGUCAAGAGCAGCAAAAAGCACUACAACUGUGACCACUCCAAGAUAAACUUCAGAGAUAAGAAGAGUGCUGUGAACUCCAUCAACGAGUGGGCGUCCAAGUCUACUGAUGGCAAACUGCCCGAGAUCACCAAGGAUGUAGAAAAGACUGAUGGGGCAAUGAUCAUCAAUGCUAUGUUUUUCAAACCUCACUGGGAUGAGCAGUUCCAUCAUAAGAUGGUGGACGACCGUGGAUUCAUGGUUUCCCGUGGCUACACUAUAUCAGUGCAGAUGAUGCACCGCACAGGUCUAUUUGGCUUCUAUGAUGACAAAACCAAUAAGCUGAUCAUCCUGAGCAUGCCUCUGGCUCAUAAGAAGUCCAUUGUGUUGUUCAUCAUGCCCCACCAUGUGGAACCUCUAGAGAGGCUGGAGAAGAUACUCACCAAGAAGCAGUUGGAUACAUGGAUGGGCAAGCUGCAGCAGACAGCAGUAGCCGUGUCCCUGCCCAAAGUCAGCAUGGAAGUCAGUCACAACCUGCAGAAACACCUUGAGGAGCUGGGCCUGACAGAGGCCGUAAACAAAUCCAAAGCUGACUUGUCCAACAUCUCUGGGAAGAAGGACCUCUACCUGUCCAGUGUGUUUCACGCCGCUGCCAUAGAAUGGGACACUGAUGGAAAUGAAAUUGACACUAGCAUCUUUGGCACAGACAAGCUAAAAAACCCUAAACUGUUCUAUGCUGACCACCCCUUUAUCUUCCUAGUGAAGGACCAGAAAACUAACUCCAUCCUGUUCAUUGGCAGGAUGGUCAGGCCGAAGGGUGAAAAGAUGAGAGAUGAAUUGUAACCACCUGUUGACCUGAGUGUCUAAGUCAAAUGCCUGACCGUGUGUGUGUAUAUAUUUUCUACUGCAAUAUGCGGAGAGAAGUGGGGAAUGAAAUUAUGAAAAAUGAAAUCGCAUUCCUUUAUGUCACGUGCUGACAGCAUUCCACAAUACACGCCUGAAGACAUGUGUUUUUUUUCCUGUUUUAGUGAACAAAGCAUUGUGCACAACCUUCCUUUUUAUUUUGAAGAAUAUUUUAUAUCACUAUGUGGCUUUUUUGUUUUAUAUUGGCAGAUCACAUUAUGGACUGAAGACUUACAUUAAGUAUGAUUUCCCUGGUUAAUGCCUAAAAUGUAAAUGCACAUAUUAGUUUAAUGGCAGGGAAUACCUGUGAAAUAUUAUGAAAAAAUUAUUUCUGUUGUCAGGUCUUAACAAUCUUCAUAAAAGAUGUUCAACUAUUUUACUAUUGGAGAGACUUUAUGGUGCUUGCUGUUGAAUUUAAGAAAAUAUGUUUUAGUUUGUUUAGUUUUGCACCUUUAAUAUGUUAACUCCAAGCAUCUUCACCAUUAGCUGCCCAUUCUUUGCACUGCUUUCCACCACUAGCACAAGAUAAAUUUUUUCUUGGUUUGACAAUUUCAAAACAUGUUUUAGACUGUUACAAAUUUUAGGUUUUUGCAAUAAAAGUGUGAAAAAACAAAAGAACAA